AUGCGAAUCGUCGCCAAGGACCAAAACUCGCGCCCAUCUUUAGACGAGCUCUCCGAGUUUAAAAAGUCCGAUUCCGACACCGGCUCCGCCUCCUUACAAAUCGCUUUGCUCACCAAGCGCAUCGAAAACUUAACCGCGCACUUGCAAGCGAACAGAAAAGAUUACUCCACGCAACGAGGAUUGAAGUUACUCCUCGGCCGACGAGGGCGAUUACAAAAGUAUUUGGCGAAGGAAGAUCCGGCGAAGUAUCAAAUGACCAUGAAAGGUUUGGGGUUGAAGAUCAAGUCUGUUUAA